AUGAGUAACGAAAGUGGAAGCUCGACAGGACUGCUGCGUGAUAUCGUCCAGCUUGUCGCCGACGAACCCAAGACCGCCAUUGGUACUGUAGUUGUUGGUUUUCUUAUCAUCUUCAUCGUGAACACAUUCAGAGCAUGGUAUCGACUAUCUCAUGUACCGGGGCCAUUCUUUGCAAGUUUCUCUAGAUUAUGGCUACUGAGAGCAUCGAUGAGGGCCCAGCAGCCUAUGGAGAUACAAGCUGCUAAUGAAAAGUACGGAUCCCUGGUUCGUAUUGGGCCCAAUGAGUUAGCAACAGACGACGCCAAGCUGCUCAAGAGAAUCCACUCUGGUCGUUCAUCUUAUACCAGAGGACUGGGUUUUGAGUCUAUGCGCUUUGAGCCAGGCAAAGACAACCUAUUCUCGAUGCGAGAUGAAGAAGGCCACAGGAAGCUACGUAACAAGAUGGCAGCUGGUUACUCUGGCAAAGAAAACCCUUCCCUGGAGGGUUCUGUCGACUCAGUGAUCGCCAGUUUUAUUACGCUCCUUGAAACGAAAUAUUUGUCGACUGAAAACGAAUACCGUCCCAUGGAUUUUGCUGAGAAAGCUCAAUUCUUUACUCUCGAUGUUAUCAGCGAUCUUGCUUUUGGACAACCUUUCGGAUACUUGACGAAGGACGAAGACGUGUUUGACUUUCUCAAAAUUACAAGGGCUUUCUUUCCAUUCACCGUUACCAUUGGGAACUUACCGUGGAUGAUAUCUCUGCUUCACUCUCGUUUGUUCAGUGGUCUUGUGCCAAAGGAUACUGACAAGGUUGGGUUUGGUGCCUUCAUCGGUGUUGCCAAGAAAAAGGUUGCGGAACGGUAUGCACCGGAUGCAGCCUCACAUGCUGACAUGCUAGGGUCUUUUAUCAAGAACGGACUUGACCAGGAACAGACAUCUCGCGAAUCACUGCUGAAUGUCGUUGCUGGAAGUGAAACAACCGCCACUACUAUUCGCAUUAUAAUGCUAUGUAUAUUGACCAAUCCAGCUGCGUACAGACGCCUUCAACAGGAAAUUGACGAUGCUGCCCGGGCUGGAACAAUUUCAACUCCGAUCACUGAUGCGGAAGCUCGCAACCUGCCUUUUCUUCAAGCCACCAUCCAAGAAGGUCUUAGGUUUAAAAACCCUGCAACAGCACCUCUUUAUAAGGAGGUCCCGAAGGAAGGCGACACUAUCAACGGCAUGUUCAUCCCCGGAGGCACUCAGAUUGGAAUAUCUGCAUUUGGAGUCUACCACUCUAAGAAGGUUUUUGGUCCGGAUGCGACCGUCUUUCGGCCCGAGCGUUGGUUAACCGCUGAGCCCGAACAACUAGAGCUAAUGGCUGAGAGUGUUGCGCUCGUUUUUUCGAGUGGAAAAUGGCAGUGUCUUGGAAAACCUGUUGCAAUCAUGGAGUUGAACAAGAUAUUUGUUGAACUGUUGCGACGAUUUGACUUUAGCAUCGUCAAACCUGAGAAACCUCUUGAUAUCUUCAACGCUGGUGUUUGGAUCAUUGAAAAUUUCAACGUACGCAUUACGCGACGCGAGAUUCAGGCCUAUCCCUGCGUAACCAAGUUGGGGUUAGACUAA